AAGAGCAUUUAGAAGUGAGGAUGCAAUAAAUUGUGAAGUCUUGAUCUCUAAAAUAUUCACCAAAAAUGAAUCUUUCUCAAGCGGCCGUUGGGCUUACCAGAGAAACUCUUGUUUAUUCCGUCUUCUCCAAUCCUUCUUCUUCAAAUUCAAAUUUCAAAUCCCAACGGUCACUUUUCUUUUCUCAAAGCAAAUCAAACAUAUCUUUAUCAUCAAAUUCCAAAACAAGAACCCUUACCUGUUCUGCCGCCGAUACUGAUCAAAUUUCGCCGGCGAAAUCCCUCCGCUUGAUUCUUGAAUUGCCCGGUGUUCACCAAGGCCCUGCCUGUUACGAUGCUCUCAGUGCUAAGCUCGUCGAGAGAGCCGGUUUUGAUUACUGCUUCACCAGUGGAUUUUCAAUAUCGGCUGCAAGAUUGGCAUUGCCUGAUACUGGCUUUAUUUCCUAUGGGGAAAUGGUGGAUCAAGGACGGCUAAUCACUCAAGCUGUCUCCAUUCCUGUCAUUGGGGAUGGUGACAAUGGCUAUGGAAAUGCCAUGAAUGUCAAAAGAACCAUCAAAGGAUAUAUAAAAGCUGGCUUUGCAGGAAUUAUUCUUGAAGAUCAGGUUUCUCCGAAAGCUUGUGGUCAUACACGUGGUAGGAAAGUGGUGUCUAGAGAAGAAGCAGUUAUGCGAAUAAAAGCAGCUGUUGAUGCUCGAGAAGAAACUGGCUCAGACAUUGUUAUUGUUGCACGGUCUGAUUCUCGACAAGCAAUAUCUUUUGAGGAAGCACUUUGGAGGUCAAGAGCUUUUGCUGAUGCUGGAGCAGAUGUUCUUUUUAUCGAUGCAUUAGCUUCAAGAGAAGAGAUGAAGGCAUUCUGUGAAAUUGCUCCCCAAGUUCCAAAAAUGGGAAAUAUGCUUGAAGGAGGGGGAAAAACACCCAUACUUAACCCAUUGGAACUUGAGGAGGUUGGAUAUAAACUUGUUGCUUACCCUCUUUCAUUGAUUGGGGUAUCUAUACAAGCAAUGCAGGACUCACUAAAAGCCAUUAAAGGAGGAAGGAUUCCACCACCUGGAAGCAUGCCAUCUUUUGAAGAAAUAAAGGAGAUUCUAGGUUUUAAUGAUUAUUAUGAAGAAGAGAAGCAGUAUGCUACCAGCACUAAUCAGAUGCUUAGGCCGACAGGUUAUUCACCAGCCAGCAGUAAUAUAUAUGGUAUACAACAGAGUACUCCACAAGAUACAGAACAGAGAAGUCAAAGUUCUCAGGAUCCUGUUGUUGAAGUCAUAACACCUGAUGUAUACAGUGGCUCUGGUGCAGAUGGUUCAAGAGAUCCCUUUUCUGGGAUCUGGUCUCGGACAUUGAGAGUCAAAAUAACUGGAAAAGAUGGAUUUGAAAAACUUGAUGUGAGGAUUCCUGCUGGAUUUCUGGAAGGGAUCACAAACAUUGUUCCAGCCUUAGGGGGUGUAAACAUCAAAGAACUCUUGAAUAAUGCAGCUGGGGAAUUCGGUGGCAAGUUAUUAUUGGAUUUUAAUGAUACCAUCGGCGACAGGAUUCAAGUCUUCCUAGAAUAAAGAUUUCACAGAUUUGAUAGGAAAGGUACUUCUUCUGCUGCAAUGAAUAAGAACUGUUUCAAAACCAGGAUUUUAUUGCCUACUGAGUUUAUUCAAACCAGGAUACUAGUUAAAAUGCAAAGGCUGUAGUUUGUAUUGUAGCUAAGUUUAAAGUCAGAGACUCAGAGUCAAGCUGUAAUUGUGAAAUAAGUGAAUAAUUUGAGGCUCUUAUUAAUUGGUUAUUAUAUCCAAUCUGUUUUUAUUGUUUUCAAA